GUUAAGGAGCUCACUUUGAUGAGAGUGCCGGUUGCGCUUAGUGUCGUAGUUCGGUAGCUUCAAAGUGCUUGCAAAGCUGUGAAAAGUACAGUGUGAAUUACGAAGUUCGGCGAACAAGUGUUUGUGACAAGUCCACAUACUGCAGUAUGGUACCGAAGGGUGAAAGUUGGUGGUCGGGUGUGAUGGGUGUGGUGCUGCUGUUGAUGGCUGUUGGCAGCUGCAUCGGAGCACCUGCCGAUGGGUGGUCGGUGCGGGCGGACAAUUCACAGUGCCCGGAACCGCGCUGCAUUACGUUUGAAGAAAUCAACACACUGUGGGCAGUAACGGACCCGGCCUAUUUCCUUCAGUGUCGUCCGGAUGUGUUCGGUGGCUGGUCACUGCAGCUGAUGCCGUGCGCACCGGAAACGCUGUUCAGCUUCAGGCAGCAGGUGUGCGUUCACCCCCAGUACUGGGUGGGCUGUGGCGAAACGACGGAAUCAACACUGCCGACGCUGCCAACAACGACCCCAGCAACGGAAGGACCAGGCUCAACGACGACACCCGACGCAGGCCCAACGACGACACCCGACGCAGGCCCAACGACGACACCCGACGCAGGCCCAACGACGACACCCGACGCAGGCCCAACGACGACACCCGACGCAGGCCCAACGACGACGUCUACUGAGACCACGCCAGGCAUAACCGAGCCGACUAUCGAUCCAAACCCGGGUGAUACAUGUCUGGGACCGCUUUGCAGCAACUACGAGGAAAUCAACACGCUCUGGGUGUACGAUCAAUCGCCCGACUUCUUUUAUCAGUGUCGCCCGAUCGAUGGAAUCUGGGCACCGAUCCUGAUGCCAUGCGCACCGGCCACAAAGUUUAGCUUCCGGGCUCAGGUGUGCGUAAACCAGGAGCAAUAUCUUGGACCGGAAUGCGAAGCUGCUAGUAUCUACGUGAAGGAAAAAAUAUAUAACCCCUUGCGGUCCCCCGUGUGCGUGUGUUUGUGUGUCACACAGGAAAUGGCCUCGAGCGGAGGCAGAUGGAGUAUAGUGUGCACGCUCGGAAUAUUCUUGCUAGUGAUCGGGUGUUGCGUCAGCGAGCAUCAACCAGCCAAUGUAAACCUCUGUCAACCACGCUGCUGGAGCAGUGAACGGGACGCACGUUCACGUUGGCCAGCAAGCGCUAGCAUCAAUCAGUACUGGGAAUGUCUGGUCGACGGUGGUCUGUGGUACGCCCAUCUUCGCACUUGCCCGCUGCACGGCAUGCGGUUCGAGGCGGAUAGUCAGCAGUGUGCCUCGACCAGCAGUAGCGAACCGUUCGUGGAGGGUGUUGCGUGUGGUCGUCGCAAUCCUACCGUGGGGCAACAGUUCGCCGAUGGCAACGAGUUGUGUCCGGAACCGAGCUGCGCGACGCAACCGCUCAUCGAAACGCUGUGGGGCUAUGCGGAUCCAGCCUUUUUCCUACAGUGUCGUCCAGUGCCGGACGGUACCUGGCGACUUGAGCUGAUGCCGUGCGCACCAGGUACCUGGUUCCAUUUCGUGCACCAGACAUGCGUUAUUCCGGAGUUGUGGGAAGCGUGCGAUGGCACUGAGGGUGACGUUCCGGGAACGACACCGGUGAUAACCACACCCGAGGUGACCACACCGGCGAUUACAACGCCCGAAAUCACUACCCCGGAGGUGACCACACCGGCGAUUACAACGCCCGUAGUCACUACCCCGGAGGUGACCACACCGGCGAUUACAACGCCCGAAAUCACUACCCCGGAGGUGACCACACCGGCGAUUACAACGCCCGAAAUCACCACACCAGCGGUGACCACACCCGAACUAACGACACCGGCGAUUACAACGCCCGAAAUCACUACACCGGAGCUAACGACUGUGCAGGUAACUACCGAGCAGGGAACGACUGGCUCAACGCCGGAUCUCGGAACGGAUGACGAUGCAGUCAUACCGACGGAUCCUUGCAGUGGUCCACGGUGUACGACCUACGAGGAAAUCAACACGCUCUGGGUACAUCCUUUGGCUACCAUGUUCUACCAGUGUCGGCCAUUCAUGACUGGCUGGUCACCGCAGGAGAUGCCCUGCGCGCCGGGCACGCUGUUCAGCUUCUUCCAACAGGUGUGCGUACACCCGCAAGAUUGGGUUGAUCCGUGUGGUUUACCCACCACCACCACUACCACCACUACACCUGCCACACCUACGCCAACGGCGGAGCCACCGGUAACGACGACCACCGUUGGUCCGCCGGUAACACCGACACCGGAACCACCGGCAACGACCACGACCGUAGCACCACCCGUAACGGUAACGCCCGAUCCCGGCCAGCCUCCAUCGUUUAUCGAUUGUCUCGUGCCGAACUGUGUGCUGCUGCAGGAUGAGGUGAUCCGGCUGCCGUCGUUCGAUGGGCCGCAAUACUUCUACCGCUGCAUCUUUCUGCUGCAGACGGUGUGGAUCCCCUUCCAGGACAUCUGUCCGGCCGGGCAGUACUUUAACUUCGUGGAGCAGGGCUGUGUCGAUCCGUCCCAGUGGAUCGAUGUGUGCCCAUCAGACCCGAUCUCGACCACACAGCUAACGACGGUAGCGCCGACACCGACCGCCGAACCACCGGGAGACCCACUACCGGUCAUUUGUGGGUCGCCCCGUUGUAUCACACCGGCCGAACGUAGCAUCCUGUGGCCGAGCACGGUUGCCGACAUGUACUACCGGUGCGAGUGGGUCGAGCGACUCUUCCAGUACGUCCCAGUGCCGGUACGGUGUGCGAAUUUCUUCUUCUUCGACUUCAUCGAGCAGAGGUGCGUUAAUCCACUGGACUGGGUGGACAUCUGUCCGAUUUAUCCGACCCUUCCACCACCACCCUGCCCAGACUGUUGUCCCACCUGUCCACCGGUGUCCGAUCCACCGAGCGAUGACAACGUACCGCUGCCCAUUAUUUGUGGCUCACCGCGAUGCGAUACCCACCAGGAGCGUAACUUCCUGUGGCCUGCACUAACCCCGAACGAGUACUACCGGUGCGUAGACAAUGGUGAAGGGUGGAUUCAGGCCACGUUGGAACAGUGCCCUGCCGGGCUACUCUUCCAGACGUUCCAGCAGCAGUGUGUGCCGGCAAACGAGCACGACUCCACCGUAUGUCCGGUGUAUCCACCACCACCGACCACACCACCAACCCAGCAGCCCGAUCCAAACACAUGCCUGGAGAACUUUGAUGCGAUGCCACUCUAUCCGAUCAUCUGCGAUAUCGCACGCUGCAAUACGGCUGCCGAACGGGCAGCAUUAUGGCCGCUGAACGAUCCGAAGCGAUACUUCUCCUGCGAGCUGCAGUCAGCGACCGGCCAGUACGAACCCGUACUGAACGAUUGUCCGGCUGGGCAGAGCUUUGACUUUCUGUCGCAGUGCUGUAUGCUGGCACCACCAAUAGACGUGUGUCCGGUCUAUCCGCCCAUGGUACCACCUACCUCACCGGGCGAGCCUGCCGCCUGUCUUGCGGAUGCGUUCGAUCCGAGCCCACUGAUACCGAUCGAGUGUGAUGUGCCUCGGUGCUUGACCGACCUUGCCCGUCGUACCCUGUGGCCAUCGGCCACCCCGAACCAGUACUACCAAUGCAUCGAACAGGUGCCCGGCCUGUACGAACCGAUCAUGCAGACGUGCGAAGCACCGGCCACCUUCAAUUUCUUCCUACAGUGCUGCACGGACGAGCAGCAACCGGUGGACGUGUGCGGACUGCUGCUGGAAGCACUGCCCGACCCGAGCACCCUGCCAUUGCCGAUCGUGUGCGAUCAGCCCCGGUGCGGUACGGAGCAGGAGCGUAGCUUUAUCUGGCCCGCUACCGACCGGAAGCUGCUGUACCUGUGCGAACCGGACGCACCGGUUGCCGGCAGCACCGCGAUCACCUUCUCCGCCCGCAUGUACACCUGCGCCGACGGUAAGGCAUUCCACGCGUGGCGUCAGGACUGUGUGCCCGAGAGCGAGUGUCGGCUGAAUGUGUGUCCGUUCUUCAACGGUACCGGUACUGGUACCACGACAUCUACGACGACCCCCACACCAGGGAUGGUUGGACCCAUCCUAACACCGCCCAACUUUGGCUAAUGUAAUCGACUCAUUGUGGGUGUACGUAGCUCAGCUCAGCAGCUCUGUAGCAUAGUAGUUCGCUUUUCGCAACCCAGUUACCACUAGCACCGUAUUAAUCGCCUCCACCAUCACCACGUGUCACCAUCUGUGCAGCACCUGUGUGACACCGGUUUGUCAGCCAAGGUGUCAAACAGAAGAGAAGAAAAAAAACGACCAAUCACUGUAUCACCCAGGCAAGCAAAGUUUUAAGACCAUAAACAAAAACGGAACAGCGUGUCAUAUCAUCAAUCGUACAGAUAACGAUCGAACAAACGAAAAUAAAACGACAACGAAAAAAACAAUGUGACAUCGAA